UCCAUGUAAGAACAUAAUAAAAUAUAUUUAAGAACAAGUUGAUAUAUAUGUUGUUGGUCACUUGAGUAAUACAAACUACAGAGCAGCAUACAUUAUGGGAAAAUUUCAUAACUCCCUCUGCAUUUACAAGCUGUUGAUUCUUGCUGUACUACACACAACAAUCUGCUUUUCACAGGCCCAGGCUCCGCAAAAUUCACCAGAUCAAUGCAAUGAAAUUCUGGUUACCUACACUUAUGUAUCCGGUUAUGCUGUCCCACCUAUGGUUCCUUCAGAUUUGAGCCAACAGGCUUACAGGUUCCAAUCCACGCUCACCGUGCUCAACAAUGGCUUACAGGAGCUGCCCUCAUGGCGGGUCUUUGUCGGGUUCAGGAACAAUGAGGUGUUGGUGUCUGCCUCCAAUGCGGUGCUAGCUGAUGGCACUUCACUUCCUGCCAAUGUGAGCACUGGUGCAAUUUUGGCUGGUUUUCCAGUGACUAAUCUUAGGACUGGGAUUCAGACAGCAGGUGAUUUUAACUUGAUGCUAGCUCAGGUGGACUUGGUGGGCACUCAGUUUGGAGUUGCAGCCCCGGAUGUUCCUCUCCCGGGUUCUCUUAGGAUUGCUAAUGAUGGGUUUUCAUGUACUAGUCCUUUUGCUCAAGGGAAUGCAUCUCAAGUAUGCUGCUUUAAAGACUCAGAUUCCCCGCCUAGCUUUGAAUUGGAGGAUCAAGAAAUUUUUGAACCCCUCCAGAACGGUGAUAUUAGUAUAAUGUACGAUGUGAUCAGAUCAUACGAAUCCAAUUACCUGGCACAGGUCACAAUUUCAAAUCAGAAUCCCAUCAGGCGUCUCGAUAACUGGCACUUGAGCUGGGAAUGGAUGAGGGAGGAAUUCAUUAACACCAUGAGAGGAGCAUACCCUUUUAUCGUCGAUACAAAUGAAUGUAUUUAUGGCCGGCAAGGUGAAUUCUACCAAGACUUAGAUUUCUCUGCUGCCUUAAAUUGUGAAAGAAGACCAGUGAUUAUUGAUCUUCCUCUCGAAAGAACAAAUGAUACUAAUCUUGGGAGGAUUCCAUUUUGUUGUCGAAAUGGAACGAUUUUGCCACCAAAUAUGGAUCCAUCCAAGUCCAUGUCAAUCUUCCAAAUGCAGGUUUACAAAAUGCCACCAGAUCUGAACAGGACUCAGCUUACUCCCCCACAAAACUGGAAAAUUAAUGGCACAAAUAGCCCGAAUUAUCAGUGCGGUCCUCCUGUUCGGACGAAUCCAACGUUGUUUCCUAAUGCUGAGGGGCUAUCUUCAGAAUCAGUAGCAAUUGCUAGUUGGCAAGUAGUGUGUAACAUUACACGUUCAGCCUCAGAGAGCCCGAAAUGCUGCGUAUCUUUCUCAUCGUUCAACAAUGACUCAGUCAUCCCCUGCAAUACUUGUGCUUGUGGAUGCAAUUCGGAUCAGAGCGAUGUCUGCAGUGCCACAACGCCAGCACUUCUUCUACCAUCACAAGCUCUACUUGUUCCGUUCGAUAACAGAACUAAAAUGGCAAAGGAAUUCAGUAAAAUAAACAACAGGAAAAUGCCUGAUCCAUUGCCUUGUCCUGAUAACUGUGGCGUUAGUAUCAACUGGCAUUUACUCUCGGAUUUUAAAGACGGAUGGAGCGCCAGAAUGACGGUUUUCAAUUGGGGCGAAACAGACUUCGCUGAUUGGUUUGCUUCAGUUCAACUUGACAACGCAAUGCCUGGUUUCGAACAGGCAUACUCAUUCAACGGGACAGCUCUGUCAAGCAGUGAUCAGAUACUAUUUAUCCAGGGACUUCCGGGACUAAAUUAUAUCGUGUCCGAGAGAGAUGGCAAGAAUCCGAGGAAAGAUCCUCGUGUUCCUGGCUCACAGCAAUCUGUUAUCUCAUUUACAAAGAAAACCACACCUGGAAUCAACGUACCUCGUGGCGGCGGAUAUCCGAGUAAGGUUUACUUCAACGGUGCAGAGUGUUCACUUCCGUCUAUGCUCCCAAGUGAUGGUUAUGGCAUAACUGCAGCAACAAGUGUCUUCAGCUGUCUUAUAGCUUCAUUUGUUCUUCUGUUACUUCAACUAUAAUUUGGACAUAUCCUCUGGAGAAACGCAACACGAUUUCAAUUUCUUUAAUUCUUUAUCCCUAGACAAGUAUAGCUUUUUCUGGUUGAUAUUUGUAUCUAUACUUUAACUUAAUGUUCAAUUUAUA